CCUCCCCAAGUCCCCCUCCCGCGGCCCAUGGCGGCCGCGGGGUGGUCUCUUGUAGUAGCCGCCGGCGCCAUGGCCGUGGCCGUGAUCGCCACCCUGUGUUCUCCCCCACACUGCACCGCGACUGCCGCGUCGGCGGGGCGGUCCGACUCGUCGCCGCCGAAGGCGUCGCUGGACUGCGGCACGGUGACGUCGCUGCUGGCGGGCUGCAGGGCCUUCGUCCGGCGCGGCGAGGCGGCGCCCUCGCCGUCCGUGCCGGCCCCCGGCGCGGCGUGCUGCGAGGGCGUGGCGGAGCUCUACGCCGUGGCGGCAGACUCCGCGGACAACUGGCGGUCCGUGUGCCGCUGCAUGGCGGGGCUCGUCCGCCGGUACAGCUCCAAUGCGUCCGCCAUCGCGCUGCUGCCGGUGCUCUGCGCCGUCCUGCCGCCCGCCGGCAGCGCCGUCGUCGGCGACACCCUCACGUACUGCACAAGGUAUAUAUGGGCACACCGAAACACACGCACGUGCUCAUCGCUCUUCAUUUCUUCAAUCAAUGACCGGUAA